GGAGUUAACGCUAGCUAUAUAUGGGAGUUGUUACAUUUCAGGAAUGCAGUGGUAGAUGUCAACAACUGUUGCUUUCUAUUUAACUAAAGAUAUCAAAUGUGUCUUUGUCUAGUUCUCCAGGAAUUAAGUAGAUUGUGUGUGUAACGUUACUAUUUGGAGAUAGUAGCUAACAGCUAGCUUUAGCCUGUAGCCAAUGUUGCUGUUGUUUUCCAGUUUGUUAUACUGUGAUCUUGGACGUAAUGCAGAUUAAUUAAAUAAUACUACUUUAAAAUCCACACACAAAUGUUUUACGAAAAAGGUUGCCUUUAAGUCAAUCUUGUUUUUCACAGCAUAAUCACAGGUGUCAAUGACAUGUGAGCUUGUUUGCCAUUGGUGUAAAUUAUGCAAAGUACAUUUGCUUGUACUGUGUGCAUUUUUCCAUGUAAUGCCACCUUACACUUUUACUCCAGUAAAUGACAUUUCAGAGUAAAAUUAUUUGCCGGUUCAGAUUUCAACGUACAUAACCUAUGAUCCAUACAUAAAAUAUAUGAAGUUGUAUAUAUGAACUACCCAAAGAGUAGGCUAGUUUUACUGUUGACUCUUUAAGCUUAUUUUGGGAAUAUUACUUAGGCAAGUAAAAAAUAGUAUUGAAUGUAGUAGAUCAUUAUAGUGUUAUUGCUACUUUCACUUCAGUACAGGUUUGAGUUCGUCUUCCCCAAAUGCGCUGUGUGCUCCAGCUGAAAAUCAUUUUGUACCCAUUUUCAAAUCUACAAAUAAAGCUUACAGGCAGGUUCCUUUGAGGCGGUGUCUGUGUCUAUGACAUGUGGAGCCCUAACCAAGUGUUAGUGUUUGCACUGGUAGCAGCAUCCAGCUUCACAUCUGUACAUGUUCUGGAGUUCUGCCAGAGUACUGACCGUGACUGCCAUGGUGAUAAUCAUGACAAUAUGGCAUCAAACAGCCAGCCGUCCCUACACACUGUCAAAUCCAGGUGGAAUGUGAGUGUUUCCAACCUUAUAAAAGACCUGGAGCAGUUGAAAGUGUCCAGCAAGAAGCUAAUAGAAGCAUUCCCGAUUGAUGAGGUUAAUGGCAACUUUGCUCGCUCUGUAAAGAACUGUAUAUUCUCCAAAUCCAUUCCAACCCCAUUGAGAGGCCCAUUGAGACUGGCAGCAGCUUCUAAGGAUGUCAUCGAGGGAAUUUUAGACUUGGAUGUGGCUCUAACCCACACCAAUGAUUUCCUGCAUUUUGCCAGUGGGGACAAACUGCUAUCAAGAUCUGUACCCCUCGCUCACAGAUAUGGAGGUCAUCAGUUUGGGUACUGGGCAGGUCAGCUUGGCGAUGGUCGAGCACAUUCCCUUGGUCAGUAUACAAACAGGAAAGGAGAAGUGUGGGAACUGCAGCUUAAAGGCUCUGGGAAGACUCCUUAUUCCAGGUCAGGAGAUGGUAGGGCUGUGAUCCGUUCUUCUGUAAGGGAGUUCCUCUGCAGUGAAGCCAUGCAUUUCCUGGGGAUUCCAACCAGCAGAGCUGCCAGUCUAAUUGUAAGUGAUGAGCCUGUGAUAAGGGAUAAAUUCUACAAUGGCAAUGUGAAGACAGAGAGAGGGGCUGUUGUUCUCCGGUUAGCCAAGUCAUGGUUUCGGAUUGGAUCUUUAGAAAUUCUGUCUCAGAGUGGAGAGAUAGAUCUCCUGAGAAAGCUGCUGAACUUUGUGAUUGAUGAGCAUUUUUCCUCAAUCAAUUCAGACGACCCAGAUAAAUAUUUGGUGUUUUAUUCCACAGUUGUAAAUGAAACAGCCAAUCUGAUUGCCCAGUGGAUGUCUGUUGGUUUUGCACACGGUGUGUGCAACACUGACAACUUCAGCCUCCUGUCCAUCACCAUCGACUACGGGCCGUUUGGCUUCAUGGAGGCGUAUGACCCCGGUUUUGUCCCCAACACAUCUGAUGAUGAGGGCAGAUAUAGCGUUGGAGCUCAGGCAAACGUCGGACUGUUCAACCUGGAGAAGCUCUUAAAUGCGCUCAGUCCUGUGCUCUCUAAACAUCAGCAGAACCAGGCGCAACGUAUUUUGAAAGGCUAUGCCAAUAUUAACCAGAUGAGGAUUCACCAACAUUUUAAAGCUAAACUAGGGCUUCUAGGUGAAGAGGAGGAGGAUGGCUACCUCAUUGCCUUCCUGCUUAAGAUGAUGGAGGACACUCAGUCAGACUUCACCAUGACCUUCAGGCAGCUCAGUGAAGUUUCAGCCCAGCAGCUUCACAACAGGAAGUUCCCACAGAUGUGGGCUCUUGAAGACUUGUCAUCCCACAAGCUCUUCUCUGAUUGGCUCAGCAUGUUCCUGCUCCGGCUCAGCAGACAACUAAAUGAUAGUGAUUUGCAGCGUCAAAACAGGAUGAAAAAUGUAAAUCCUCGAUAUGUGCUGAGGAACUGGAUGGCAGAGUCUGCUAUAAGUAAAGUUGAGAUGAACGAUUUUUCUGAGGUGGAGCUGCUGCACCACAUCCUUUCACAUCCCUAUGUUACACAAGAGACUGCAGAGGAGGCGGGCUAUGCAGCAAGAUCCCCGCUUUGGGCUAAGAGGUUAAAGGUCAGCUGUUCCUCUUGAGAGAUUCUUGGAUACAGCAACAACACUAAAGAGAAGAAGAAUAACAGCAUACUUGCACUCUUUGGUGUGAUUUAGUAAAUUCUCACAUGCUGGUGGAAACAAUUUGUUCCAAAAUGUCAAGGUCGUGGCUUUUUAAAUGUUUUUCUACUGCAUAUUUACAUAAACGUAUAUUAAAAGAUGCUACAGUU